CAGACGAAGGGGCUUUGCUGAUGCCCUUGAAGGCACAUUCUCAAGAUGCCGCCAUGAUUCCUCAAAAUAAUGUCAUCUGAGCAAUGACCCAGAGCGGGAGGAGGACAAGGACGAAAUGGCUGCUUCUCAGGGACGGUUGACACUCAGCGAUGUGUUCAUCGAAUUCUCUCAGGAGGAGUGGGAGUGCCUGUCCCCAGCUCAGCGGGCCUUGUACAGGGACGUGAUGUUGGAGAGCUACCGGAACCUGCUCUUCCUGGGAAUUUCUGUUUCUGAUCUGUAUAUUGUCUCCAUUUUGGAGCAAGGGAAAGCGCCCUGGACUCUGGAGAGCGACUGGAAAACAGCAGCGUCACCAAAUCGGUGGGAACGUGUCAAAGGUGCGAACACAGAUACCUGUUCUUCAUAUAUGAUCGAGAAAUUAAAACCAACAGAAAUCAUUAAUGCAGGCGGAAUAUUCCAAACAGAGUUGUUUGGACACUGUGAAAGCCAUGUAAUCAAAGAUUUUUACAUGAGGAAUAUUCGGGAAGAUAGGCAUGACUUUGCAUGUCAGCAGAGAAAUGAUGAAAAGAAUCACAAAGGAAUACCUGUAACUUAUGAAGAACAUCUCACUGAUAAAAGAGGUCAACACGAUAGAGAGCAUGGCGGACACAAGCCUGUCGAAAACAAAGUUGGACUAAGGUUUCACUCACAUCUGGCAGAUACGGACAUAUUUCAGACUGAAGGGAAGAUUGAUGAAUAUGUCUCAACGAAGAAGUCUUUCAACAAUACUUCCUCCGUUUCUCCACUUCAAAGAGUUUUUUGUAGUGUCCAAGCCAACGUUUGUACCAUAUAUGGGAUUGAUUCUAGACAUCCUUCAAUACUGACAAAAGACCUAAAAGCAUGCAGGGAAGAUUCAUACAAAUGUAACGAGCAUGGCAAAGACUUUUGUGUGUGUGCGAGGCAAACUAGCCAUCAGAUAAUUCAUAUUGAAGAGAAACCUUACAAAUGUAAUGAGUGUGGCAAAGCCUUUAGGGUGCGUUCAAGCCUUAAUUACCAUCAGUCAGUCCAUACUGGAAAGAGACCUUACAAAUGUAGUGAUUGUGGGAAAGCCUUUAGGGGGUCUUCUAGCCUCACUUACCAUCAGGUAAUGCACAGUGGAGAAAAACCUUACAAAUGUAAUGAGUGUGGCAAGGCUUUCCGCAAAAAAUCACACCUUGCUAGCCAUAUGAGCAUUCAUACAGGAGAGAAACCUUACAAAUGUAAUGAGUGUGGCAAAGCCUUUAGAGUGUCUUCUAGCCUUACUUACCAUCAGUCGAUUCAUACUGGAAGUACGCCUUACAGAUUUAGUGAAUGUGACAAAGCCAUUAUUGUACAUAGAAUCCUAAAUUACCAUCAGGCAAUUCAUUGUGAAGACAAACCUUACAAAUGUAAUGAGUGUGACAAGGUUUUCAGUAACAAAUAUAACCAUGCUCGUCAUCAAAGUAUUCAUACUGGCGAAAGACCUUACAAAUGUAAUGUAUGUGGCAAGGAUUUUCGUAAUAGAUUAUACCUUUCAAGUCAUCAGAGAAUCCAUACUGGAGAGAAACCUUACAAAUGUAAUGAGUGUGGCAAGGUUUUUCGUAACAAAUCACACCUUUCAAGUCAUCAGAGAAUCCAUACUGGAGAGAAACCUUACAAAUGCAGUGAGUGUGGCAAGGUUUUCAGUAACAAAUCCAACUAUGCACGUCAUCGAAGCCUUCAUACUGGUGAAAGACGUUACAAAUGUAAUGAAUGUGACAAGGUCUUUAUUCAGACAUCGCACCUUGCAUAUCAUCAGAGAAUUCACACAGGAGACAAACCAUACAAAUGUAAUGAGUGUGGCAUGGUCUUUACUAUGCGUUCUUCACUAAUUAGCCAUCAGUUAAUUCAUACUGGAGAAAAGCCUUACAAAUGUAAUGUGUGUGGCAAGGUUUUCUGUAAGAAACCAUACCUUGCAAGUCAUCAGAGAAUCCAUACUGGAGAGAAACCUUACAAAUGCACUGUGUGUGGAAAAGCCUUUACUAUGCGUUCACGCCUUACUAGACAUCAAGUAAUUCAUAGCGGAGAGAAACCUUACAAAUGUAAUGAGUGUGGAAAGGUCUUUAGUCAGAAGUCAUACCUUGCAUGUCAUCAGAGAAUUCAUACGGGAGACAAACCAUACAAAUGUAAUGAGUGUGGAAAGGUCUUUAGUGCUCGUUUUACCCUCAAUAGCCAUCAGUUAAUUCAUACUGGAGAGAAACCUUACAUAUGUAAUGUGUGUGGCAAGGUCUUCCGUAAUAAAUCAUACCUUGCAAGUCAUCAGAGAAUCCAUACUGGAGAGAAACCUUACAAAUGUAAUGAGUGUGGCAAGAUGUUUAGUCAGAAAUUAACGCUUUCUCAGCAUCAGAGUAUACAUACUGGAGAGAAACCUUACAAAUGUAACCAGUGUGGAAAAGCCUUUAUCGUGCGUUCACGCCUAACUCGGCAUCAGAUAACUCAUACUGGAUAGAAUACUUAGAAAUGCAACGUGUAGCAGGGUUUUCCAUUACAAAUCAGCUUGCAAGUCAUCAGAGAACCUAUACAAGGGAAAGAACCCUUACAAAUGUAAUGUGUGGCAAGAUUUUUCAUAAUCACAUCUUGCAUGUCAUUUUAAAGUCUAUACUGGCGAGAAACCCUUUAGUGUAAGUUCAAGCCUAAGUUAUAUUCAGAAAUGUACUGGAUGUGGCAGGAUUUUUAGGUACUAUUUUAACCUCAGGAUUCACCAAAGAAUUUAUACUUGCAAAUACCCUGAAUAUGGAAAAUUUUAAAAUUUGAACUCUUUACUAGCUAUAAGAAUAUACUUUUUUUUUUCUUUUUUUGUGAGAAACUAAAAUGCGGCGGUGUUUUCACCCAAGGUCCACAAUUGGAAAAAAAACUGGUGCAAUUUCUUAAAACUGAAACGUGUGGCAAAGCCAUUAGAGUUUAAGUAUUAUGUGAGAAUCCAGACUCCAUAGUGAAGAGGAGUUAUGUAAAUGUAUGUGGCAAAACAUGUAUCCAGGCUUCACAACUGACAUCAGAAUUUUUGUCUUUGAGAAAGCAUGCAAAAAAUGUUAAUUCUUUUACUCAAAGAUCAAAACUUAGACAUCAGAAGAUAUGUCUUGGAGAGUAACCUUACAAAUAGUGACUGUCAAGGCUUUCCAUCAACUGCCUACACCUUCAGAAUGACAAUUCAGUGAGGGCAGAAACUAUACUAGUAUAGUGAACAUGGAAAUACUUCUAAGCAACAGUGUGUCCUCAGGAUUCACCCAAGGAUUUACACAAAUGUAAUGAGCUUAGAAAAAAUUUUAACCAGUUCUCAUAACCACACAGUCGAGAGUCCAUACUGGGAAUACCUGUAUCUCCAGUUCUCUGAGAUUAACCUAUAAUAUUACAUACUGCAGAAAAUUACAAGUCAAAAGUAUGUUAAAACUCAGGAGAUGCCAUAUAUCGAAGGAACAAACAGGUCAUUGUUUUUAAUGUUUUAUAGUAUUUUGUUAUUUGAGUUUUCUUGAAAAGACUACUUGACUGUCAGUUUUAACCUGAAGUCUAAAGUCCGUUGAACUUAAGCCUUUCUUACAGGUCUUUUGUACAGAUCUCUGGGAAGCAAUAGGAUGAAAGGGCCUACUUCAUUGGGCAUGGUUCAUUCAUAUCCCUGUCCUCUGGAAAAACAAAAAUAAUAUCAAAUUCAUUAAUGCAUCAGGGAAGACUGUAAUGGAAAGCUAUUCUAAGUCUUCAUACUGAAUUAUGCACAUGAUGCUCAUCUCUCGACAGGCCAUAGUCAUAGGAAAGAAGGCUCUACCAACUGACCACGAAACAGCAGGUCCGGACAUAAAGGGCCUGGGCUUGUGGUGGGAGGGGAGUGAUUAGGUGACUAGGGGGUGAUUCUAUGGUAGAAAUAAUGCAGAAAAAAUAGAGUUGACUUUCUCUAUUGAAUGGUGGUAAUUGUUGCAUAUUAAAAAUUAAUGGAAAUUUUGUCUGAUUCUUGGAAAUCGUAGAGAGAGCAGGUACCUGAGAGGGGAGCUUCAUCCAAAGAAUCAAUAGUUUUUGCUUGUGUAUGGUUAACACUGGCAUUAUCUUUUGCCAGUUUUAUUGGGAAUGUAUCUGAGGGUUCAUGUUUUAUUGAAUAAAAUUUAACUUUUUAAAAGAGUGAA